AGUCUUUCGAUAUAACUCGAAAACGAGUAACUGGACAUAUGGGAACAAUGAGUUAGUUUUGUUCUUUCUGUGUUUGACAACUUACUAUAUAAUACAAUGACAGAUGAUGUUGUUGUUGAUUUCAUCCAUCUCGUUCUACUACCACGGUUCACAAAGGCUGCCGCAAUUGUAACAAGCACAAGCAUCAUAGAACACUGCGCAACUCUCUAGACCUUUCAUCACCACGAUGCAAGCACCACCUCCGCCACGAGCUCGACGGCCACAAGCAAGAGCUCACCUGGCACAGCUACGCUCCAAUGGUCGUGCUGUGUUUAGGGGCCAGGGUACUAAGCCGGCCAGGAUGCCCACCAGUAUGCCCACCAGCACAAAGGGACUGACGGCGUUGGCUCCAAAGCUUGUUCAACACCGAGGACAGCUCGCGGCCGAUCCCCUGGCAGAUACCACGACGCAGCCUCCUGAUCCUAUACAGGACAUGCAAAGGCAAAUAGAGGACAUGUCAUUGCGAUUAGACAAUCUCUCUUCUCUUCUGACACAGUCCGUUGCAGAGACGAAGGGCUUGAGAGAAACGGUUGAGCAAGGAUUCGAACAUCAGAACGCAGAGUUGGAGACUUGGGUGAUGAAGCUGAAGGAGGUCUUUGAGCCAGAACAGGAGGACUUCAUGGACCCCUCACUAUUCCAAGAGGACGCUUUUGUUCAAGAGUAA